AUGUCUUUCGAUCCUCACAAUAUUGAUCUGGACACGGCCGACCCGGCUGAGAUUGUUUGCUACCUUAAUGCUGGGGGCAACGAGUACAAUGGCCAGAUGGGUGCGCGCGUCUCGGCCAUAUUCGUGAUCCUCAUCGUCUCCACAGUGGCUACCCUCUUCCCCGUGCUAGCACAACGCGCACCACGCCUACGCAUCCCAAUCUACGUCUAUCUCUUCGCCAAGUACUUCGGUGCUGGUGUCAUCGUGGCAACAGCCUUCAUUCACCUCCUCGAUCCCGCAUACAGCGAAAUAGGUGGCCAGUCCUGCGUCGGAAUGACAGGCCACUGGGCUGAUUACGCAUGGUGUCCGGCAAUUGUAUUGACAUCAGUGAUAGCCGUCUUCCUCAUGGACUUUGGCACCGAACGCUGGGUCGAGCUCAAGUACGGUAUCUGUCGCGAUGACCCAGAGACCAUGAUGUCGAGUGGAGGUGAGGUGCGGCGCGUGGUCUCGCGCGCUUCGGCACGCCACCCAGACGACAAGCAAGUCAAGGAGAUUGAGUCACAGGCUGAGGAGCUGGCGAUUGAGCGCUCCAUCAAGCAACAGAUCGCUGCGCUGCUGAUUUUGGAGUUCGGUAUUAUCUUCCACUCUGUCAUUAUUGGUCUGAACCUUGGUGUUUCAGGUGACGAGUUUGCUACGCUUUACCCUGUGCUGGUCUUCCAUCAGUCCUUUGAGGGACUUGGUAUCGGGGCACGCAUGUCCAGUAUCCCAUUCAAGAAGGGGAGCUGGUUACCCUGGGUCUUGUGUACUGCUUAUGGUCUCACGACCCCUGUUUCCAUUGCUAUUGGUCUUGGUGUGCGCACGACUUAUAACCCUGGGUCUUUCACUGCCAAUGUUGUCUCCGGUGUGCUGGACUCCAUCUCGGCUGGGAUCUUGCUAUACACUGGUCUUGUUGAGCUGCUUGCCCGUGACUUCUUGUUUGACCCUCACCGCACUCAGAAUAACAGGCGGUUGACUUUCAUGGUGCUGACUAUGAUUCUUGGUGCUGGUAUUAUGGCUCUGCUCGGAAAGUGGGCUUGA